UCGGUCGGGGGGUUCAGACUCAGAGAGUUUAGCUGUUUGGUUCUUUUGCUUUUUGUCUUCGUUUUCUCAUGUAUUCACUGAUACUCCAUGGAAGAAGGUCGGUGGAGUUGCAGAAACGGCGUAACCUGCGAGUCUCAUUGAACUAUCUACAAAAUGCGUUUGCUUUCUCAAACUCCUUCUCCUCCUCUGCAAAUGUGAACCCUCCUCAAGCAAACACUUCUUUCACCGUCUCUUACCUCGUCGAAUCAUUGGGUUUAACUACAAAGCUCGCCGAAACGAUCUCUAGGAAAGUCACCUUCGAAGACAAGGUAAACCCAGAUUCCGUUCUGAAUCUUCUCAGAAGCAACGGGUUCGAAGAUUCUCAGAUCUCUAGGAUCGUCACCACUUACCCGCGGUUGCUUGUACAAGACGCUGAGACGUCUCUUCUUCCCAAGCUCCGGGCUUUGCAGUGCAGAGGAGCUUCGAGCUCUGAGCUGGCCGAGAUCGUCUCGAAAGUUCCCAAGAUUUUGGAGAAGAGAGUGGGGAGAUCUCUCAGCUUGUACUAUGAUUUCGUCAAAGAGAUUAUGCGAGAAGGUGAUAAGGUGUCUGGUUCUUGGACAGAGGGUAAGGCGAAGAACAGGAUCCGAAACAUAUCUGUUUUGAAAGAGCUGGGUGUGCCUCAGAACCUGCUCUUCUCGUUGCUCAUCUCCAGGUGUCAACCCGUUUGCGGGAAAGAGAAGUUCGACGAGACGCUCAAGAAAGUGGUUGACAUGGGUUUUGAUCCGACCAAGUCUAAGUUCGUGGAAGCUCUCCACGUUGUCUACGAGAUGAGCGAUAAGACGAUCGAGGAGAAGGUGAAUGUGUACAAAAGGUUAGGGUUCAGCGAGGAGGAUGUGUGGAGGAUCUUCAAGAAGUGGCCCUUCUUUUUGAAAUUCUCGGAGAAGAAGAUAGGGCAGACGUUCGAGACGCUCAGGAGGUGUGGUCUUGUGGAGGAAGAGAUUCUUUCGGUGUUGAAGUUGCGUCCGGAGUGUAUACGCUCUUCGGAGGAGAAGAUACUGGAGUCGGUUGAUACGUUUGUAGGGUUAGGGUUCAGCAGAGAUGAGUAUAGGAUGAUGAUCAAGCGGUUUCCUCAGUGCUUUGGUUAUUCAGCAGAGUCUUUGAAGAAGAAGUUUGAGUUUCUGGUGAAGAAGAUGGAAUGGCCACCGGAGGCUGUGGUUUUGGUGCCUUCGGUGUUUGGAUACAGCUUGGAGAAGAGGAUUGUGCCGAGGUGUAAUGUAAUCAAAGCUCUCAUGUCGAAAGGAUUGAUCAGAGGUGGAAACCCUCCAAUUUCAUCUGUCUUGGUAUGUACUGAUGAGGAGUUCUUGAACAGAUACGUGAUGAAGCAGGGUAAGCUAGUGCCUGAGUUGAUGGCUAUGUUAACCGGACAGCAUGUUUCAUAGUUUUGUUGAUGAAUCUUUUGAUAGGACAUUUUUAAGAGUGUAUUUGAAACCAUUUUUGAAGCCUCAGUUCUUACUUGGAUCCUACCCGUUUCAUUACUGGGGAAUAAAUUAUCUCAAUCCCUUGGUUUAUUACAAUUA